CACCACACGUUACCAACCACACAAUCACCAAAUCAAAACAAGAGAGAACACAGCAACAAUGUCAUAUGAUCAAGCCAAAUGGACUUGCCUCUCCCUACCGAGUUGCCCGGCUGGCAAGUCGGCGUGGCCGGAGCUGGUGGGGAAGAAGGGCGGCGAGGCGAAGGCCGUGAUCGAGAGGGAGAGGCCUGACAUCACCGGAGCAAUCUUUGUUCCGCAGGGCGCCUUCGUCACCGACGACUACUGCUGCAACCGCGUCCGCAUCAUCCUGGAUGGCAGCGCCGGCGCCGACUUGGCCAACGCCAUUGUCGCCGCUGUUCCGGUGAUCGGGUGAGCUGCCUGUGCGGAGGCGCCAUGCGGAACAGAGAAUUUCAUUCGCCUGCGUAGUUCCAAAGGGGAGGGAAAUUUGGCAUAGCAUGUAUCUAUGCUGUGUUUUUCUUCAUCAGAAGAACCGUUUAAAUAAAGAAUUCCCCGCACUGCAGAUCGAUCCUGCAGAUCUGUUCUUUUUGCU